ACUGCUGCGUGACCGUCAGACUCUCCGUCCUCUCUUCUUCUUCUUCUUCUUCUUCUUCUUGUGUGCGUGCAACAGGUUCCCGGUGUCCCGCUGUGAUGGAGCGCUGGAAGGGCAGAGUGGCUCUGGUGACCGGGGCCUCGGUUGGGAUCGGGGCGGCCGUAGCCAAAGAGCUGGUCCGCCACGGGAUGACGGUGGUGGGCUGCGCCAGGAACGUGGACAAAAUCCAGGAACUGGCAGCUGAGUGUAAAAAAGCCGGCUACACUGGUGUCUUGGUGCCGAUCAAGUGUGACCUGACCAAAGAGGAGGAGAUUCUGUCCAUGUUUGCAGCCAUCAAAGCGCAGCACAAAGGCGUGGAUGUUUGCAUCAACAACGCCGGCCUGGCUCAUCCAGAGCCGCUGUUGAGUGGCAAAACCAGCGGCUGGAAGAACAUGCUGGAUCUGAACGUUAUUGGGUUGUCCAUCUGCACACGUGAAGCGUAUCAGUCGAUGAAAGAAAGAAACGUUGACGACGGGCACAUCAUCAACCUGAACAGCCUGGUGGGACAUUCUGUAUAUCCCUUUGCUGAUGGACAUUUCUACGCUGCCACCAAGUACGCAGUGACCGCCCUGACUGAAGGCCUGAGGCAGGAGCUGCACGAGGCCAAGAGCCACAUCAGGGCCACAAGUAUCUCUCCUGGUCUUGUGGAGACAGAAUUUGCUUAUCGAGCCUACAGCAAGGAACCAGAAAAAGCUGCAGCUGCGUAUGCUCCUAAUAAGAAUCUGGUUGCAGUGGACAUUGCGGAGGCUGUCGUGUACGUCCUCGGUGCCCCUCCACAUGUGCAGAUUGGAGAACUUAAGAUUCGUCCUGUGGAGUCAGCAAUCUAGUGAUGCAUGAUGUGACAAACUCUUCAUGUGAUUUCUGCACUACAGUUAUGAAAGUCAUGAUUUCAUGUAACCAUGGUCUCAUUUUAAACAUGACAUUUAAACUCUAAUUUUGCUCUUCAUACAAUAAAAGGAUUGUAACAUGAAA